AUGCACGCACUCGUCCUGGCCGCGGCGGCCCUGCACCGUUUUGCCGCGCCGCUCGCCGCGCUCCGGCCUCGCUGCGCCGUCGCCUGCCUCAACCGGCUUCUGCUCGAGCCGUCCGAGUGCGCCGGCGACGGGACGGCGACGCUGCCCGCCGAUGACCCGCGCACCCAGCACGUGAGGGUGGUGCUUCGCGCGCGGGAUGGCGCCUCCAUCCGCGCCGGCGUGCUCGACCGUGGCAGCAGCGACGAGGCGACAGUGUGCUGGCUGCCGGGAGGCGCAGAUGACCCGCCGGGGCUGCGGCUGGCCCUCGGCGAGCCGUCGCGCCUGCGCCCGGCGGAGCGGCCGCGCAUCGAUCUGCUGCUCGCGAUGCCGCGCCCGCUCCAGUUUGGGCGCCUGCUGCCGAUGGUCGCGUCGCUCGGCGUCGGCACCGUGUACGUCACCGCGGCAGCAAAGACGGAGAAGUCCUUCUUCUCGUCACACCUGCUGCGCGAGGACCAGGCGGCGCAGCAGCAGCUCCGCGCCGCCUUGGCCGGAGACACGGCGGUCCCGCGCGUGGUCGUCGAUCGGAGGCUGCGCUCGUUGCUGCGCGACCGGCUCCCGCAGUACGGCCGCCGCCUCGUCGCCCACCCGCGCCGAGAGGGGAGGGACGCGCGCACCGUCGGCGAGGCGCUGAGCGGCCUGGCUUCGUCUCAGGCCGCUAUCGACGCCGGCGAGGGGCAGGACGGCGCCGGGUCCGGACCCCGCGUGCUGCUGGCGGUGGGGCCCGAGGGAGGGUGGGACGAGCCGGCCGAGCUCGAGCUGCUGCGGGAGCACGGCUUCGAGGAGGUGACGCUCGGGAGCCGCACGCUCCGCACGGACGUCGCCGUCGUCUCGCUCCUCUCCGUCGCGCACGCGUCGCUGGGGUGA